UCGCAGCCUCCCCACCUUCUCCACUGCACCUUGGAAAGCGUUUGCGUGGAGGAAUAAGAAGCUGCGUGCAAGCGCCACUUCCUGUAAAGUCACAACUCCAUCCCACCAGUGAGGGAAGAGGUGCAGUCCAGAAGGGGAGGGGGUGCAUAUACAUACAUGCAUGCGUGCAUGCAUAUCUUUCUACUAUUACUAGACAAGCGCGCUUUUGCUUCACCACACAAGAAGAGCAUCGGGAGAGACCGCGUUCUUAAAGCCGGGAAGCGAACGACAGAGCCGGGUUAAAAAAAAAAAAAAAAAAAAAACGUGGAGGGAACGCGACGGGUGGGAACAUCGGAUGCCCGAAAGUCCGCUGGCCGACCAUCGACGACUUUUCCCCGGCUUGAGUGCUGCCGCUGCUCGCUGUGAGGCUCCGGGGGAUUCAUGUACUGGAAAAAUGAAGUUUUGUCCCCUCUGUCUGAGGGCAACACGGUUCUGUCCACCACCAAGCAGGUGAUCGCCAGCGAGCGCCAGAGUGUUGCGGGCUGCAGUGUGGACUCCAAACACACGCAAAUGUCUCAGUCGGACGCGGAGUCCCAGCGGUCCAACAUGGAGCGGGAGGAUACGCGCUCGUCCCCGAGCACGCCGUCCACGCCCUCCGUGUGCUCCCCCAGCUCCACCGCCUGCAGCUCGGUGCCCUCCACGGGCAAGAACGUUUGCGCCAGCUGCGGCCUGGAGAUCCUGGACCGAUACCUGCUCAAGGUGAACAACCUGAUCUGGCACGUACGCUGUCUGGAAUGUUCGGUGUGCCGGACGUCGUUACGUCAGCACAGCAGCUGCUACAUCAAGAACAAGGAGAUCUUCUGCAAAAUGGAUUAUUUCAGGUUUGGUACUAAGUGUGCCCGCUGCGGGCGUCAGAUCUACGCCAGCGACUGGGUGCGGCGCGCCAGGGGCAACGCGUACCACUUGGCGUGCUUCGCGUGCUACUCGUGCAAGAGGCAGCUGUCCACGGGGGAGGAGUUCGGCCUGGUGGAGGAAAAGGUGCUGUGCAGGAUCCACUACGACACCAUGGUGGAGAACCUCAAGCGGGCGGCUGAGAGUGGCAAUGGUAUCACAUUAGAGGGAGCGGUUCCGACGGAGCAAGACAACCAGCCCAAACCCGCCAAAAGGGCACGCACGUCUUUCACUGCGGAACAGCUUCAGAUCAUGCAGGCCCAGUUUGCCCAGGACAACAACCCGGACGCUCAGACGCUACAAAAGCUGGCCGACAUGACGGGUCUCAGCAGGCGGGUCAUACAGGUGUGGUUUCAAAACUGCAGAGCGAGACACAAAAAGCAUACGCCCCAGCACAGCGGGGGCCCCCAAGGUCACCCCCAGGCCAGGAUACCCUCGUCCUUGCCCGAGGAACUUCACUACUCCCCCUUUGGCAGCCCCGACCGGGCGCGCAUGGUCGCCCUACACGGAUACAUCGACAGUCACCCCUUCUCUGUGCUGACCUCACAGAGUCUCCCCCACCAGGCCAUGUCGCUGCCCCAGCUGCCCCUCAGCCGCUAGCACUCAGCCGCUCCUUCGACCUUCUCGGAUCUCAAACCUCCCCAAAACCCUUGACCUCCCACCACUGACACCCAGGUGGCAACCAUGAGGCCCGGCGGGGAGUUGACCCGGAGGAGAGCGAGAGAAACACCUUUUCGUGCUCCGAAGGAAUAUUCCGCCUACUCCGCGUGUGAUGUCAUCGAGCAUAUGUCGUACAAGCAGAAUCGUUCCGACUUAAGAGGAGUUUGGAAGAGUGGAAGUGACUCAAGCAGAAGGACUGAAGCCUGAGGAGGGCUCCAAAAGAAUGGAGCGGGUGGGUGGGAGAUUUGUCACAGUGGAUCAGUGGUGGGGCUCAAACUGUGGUCAGCAAGACCUUGGAAGGCCACCAAAAUGAAAUUCACUCACAGUACAUAAUAGCUCACGGCAACACGACUCUUUUGUGCUGGAAAGCUUCAGUCCCCAUUUGCAGAUUAUGUCAAUGGUUUCAAUGCCAAAAAAAUGAAGGACGACCACAAAGCACAAAGUCGGAGUAUUUCUUAAAUUUCAGGUUUCUUGAAACAGACUGCAUACUGGGUAAAACUAAUCAUUCCUAAAAUAAAGACAAAAAAAGGAAAAGAAAAAAAGACUAAAAUAAUGUCUGUGUUUGCCUGGAGUGAAACAGUAUUGGUACAAAACUGACAAAAAUGGAACAUACUAGUAAAAUGUGACUUUUUGUGUGUGUGUGUGUGUGUGUGUUUGCGUGCGUGGGUGUGUGUUGGGGGGGGUAUGUCCUUCAUGUAAUUAAGCGCCACGGCUGUCGUGUAAAGAAACGGAUCCAACGUGAACCUCAGUUUCCUUGUAUUUAUUGAGAUGGAAAAAUCCCUGUAAAGCACUUUUUGUCUGAUUUUUUUGUAAAAUAAAAUGAAAAAAACAACAACAACUGAAAUGAAAGGCAAAAGUUUAUUUGAUAGACUGUGCAUCAUCAAUGUUUUGU